UUUGCGGAAAGCGUGUUUCGCUGCUGAAUUUAGCUCGCACACUUGCUCACGGAUCCAAAGAUCCAAACCCAGCGUCCCAAAGCCACCCAUGGCCACAACCACAACCACACAGCCACCCACACCCACAACAUCUUGACCACUGCUGCCCAACCCUCCACACUCCCGUCUGCUCAAAGGAUCAUUAUUAUUGAUUAUUGUUAAUUCACCAUGACAGGCUCCAAUUUCAUCGUCUCUCGAUUCAAACGUCUUCCCGUGACACUUUAUCGGUUGCAAGGUCGUCUCCCGGUGAAUCUGCGCGAUCAUGCCACGCAAAUGGCAGCCGGUCGACAGUCGUUCGAUCUGAAGCGCCGCGAAGCGGAUGGUCUGGUUCAUCCCGCACAAGGCGAUACAUGGAUUGGCCCCAAUGGCAUGUCCCUUCGUCCCGCCACGGAGAAUAUGCUGCACAUUGCCAAGAAUUAUCGCGGCAAUGUGACCGUCUAUCGCAUGCAAGAAGGCAUGGAUAUGCCGGAUGGACUGAUCGUCUUGCACGAACGAGACGAUCAUUACUCGCUCCAAACCGACGAGCCAGUGACGCUCGAAACACUCAACGAACGCCUCACAGAAUUUUUGGAAACGCUUCCGUCGCAAACGCGGGAUCAAUUUGUAGAGCAAUUGGAAGAUCCAGACGAUCAAGACAAUUAAUUAAUCAUUAGAAUGAAUGAAUACAGUACCAGUAUAAACCAAGGAACAGCAGCAUAGUAUGUCAAUCAAUCUGCACCAAGUUGGAUGGUUAUCAUGUAUGUGGACCUUGCACUCCCGCACCUCCAAUGGUCGCGGAGCCCAAAUAUAGAUCAACCCUCGCUUCGGCUUGUUGGGGGAUUGCCAGUACAGGAGUCCAUGCCCAUUGACACCAUAUCCGUUAUAGAUGUUGUUGUUGUUUUUGAGAGGGUUGCUUGGUAGCCCUAGCGGUAACUUUUAAGAUGUUAACUGGCUGGGGCUCAGCAGAAGUACUUGGAAUGGAACUGGGCAUGGAGCUGGGCAUGGAGUUGCUGCUAUAGAGAUGAUAGCUUGCUAGUAAUAAUAAUAGUUGACUGGGGCUCAGCAGAGUAU